GAAUCGGAUUGUCAAAAUUCGAUUGGUUGAGAGGAAGCCGAGUGUACGACAAUGAGGUAGUUGUUACUGUGUACGAGGGAAACCUGCAUGGAGUGUAGUCCGUGGCGGGUGUUUUAAAAGACUAUCUCAUUCAUUGCUCCCCUUCAUUGGAAUUUGGAAGCGGCCUAGUUAAUAAUCGUUACCCCUAGCAGUCUUCACUUUCCAAUCACGAAAAACAAGGUCUCCGUCACCUGAAUCUCCAUUUUUAUUUUCCCGGAUAAUAGUUGUAGUUUCUCGGUCUGAACCCACUUGCCUCUCCUACCUGUUCUCUUCUCUUCUCUCAACUCUCAAGAAAUGGAGAACCUAAAAGCUCCUUUCAAAGGCAUUGAAAAGGAUAUCCGCGGAAGAGCAUCAUGUUACAAGCAAGAUUGGACACGUGAUAUUCAUUCCGGAAUCGGGAUAUUGGCUCCAACUACGUACAUCUUCUUUGCAUCUGCUCUUCCUGUUAUUGCAUUUGGUGAGCAACUGAGCAGGGAUACAGACGGAAGCCUGAGCACGGUGGAAACCUUGGUUUCGACUGCACUUUGUGGCAUCAUACACUCACUUCUUGGUGGACAACCUCUUUUAAUCCUAGGAGUUGCAGAACCAACUGUUAUUAUGUACACCUAUUUGUACAACUUUGCAAAAGGAAGAGAAAAUUUGGGUCGAGACUUGUUUUUAGCUUGGGCUGGAUGGGUAUGUGUCUGGACAGCUCUUUUGCUGUUUCUUCUUGCAAUAUUCAAUGCUUGUGCUGUAAUCAAUAGAUUUACAAGGAUCGCGGGCGAACUUUUUGGCAUGUUGAUCGCUGUCUUAUUCAUUCAAGAGGCUAUCAGGGGAAUGGUGAGUGAGUUUCAAAUACCAAAAGCUGAAGACCCCAACUCAGAAAAGUAUCAAUUCCACUGGCUUUAUGCAAAUGGAUUACUGGGGGUCAUAUUUACUUUUGGUCUUCUCUAUACUGCUUUAAAGAGCAGAAGAGCUAGGUCUUGGUGGUAUGGCACAGGGUGGUUCAGAAGUUUCAUAGCAGAUUAUGGGGCUCCUUUGAUGGUUCUAGUUUGGACGGCACUGUCAUUCAGUGUACCAGGCCAAGUUUCUAUUGGAGUUCCUAGAAGGCUUUAUAGCCCUCUCGCCUGGGAAUCUACGUCUUUAUACCAUUGGAAUGUAAUUAAGGAUAUGGGGAAGGUUCCUCCUGCUUUCAUCUUUGCUGCCUUCAUUCCUGCAGUGAUGAUAGCAGCCCUUUACUUUUUCGACCACAGUGUCGCUUCACAGUUGGCACAACAAAAGGAGUUUAAUCUUAAGAAGCCUUCAGCUUAUCAUUAUGACAUUUUGUUGCUUGGUUUCAUGACUUUACUUUGUGGAUUACUUGGGCUACCCCCAUCUAAUGGGGUUCUUCCACAGUCCCCAAUGCACACAAAGAGCCUUGCUGUUCUCAAGAGGCAGUUAAUUCGAAGGAAGAUGGUAGAGAGUGCCAAGGAAGGCAUAAAGCAGAAAGCUAGCAACUAUGAAAUCUAUGGGAAAAUGCAAGCUGUUUUCGUAGAGAUGGACAGCAGUCCUGUUACUACUGUGGCUAAAGAGCUGGAAGAAUUAAAGAAGGUAGUCAUGAAAGUUGAAAAUAAAGGAGAAAGCACAAAAGAUACAUUUGAUCCUGAGAAGCACAUUGAUGAAUACCUUCCAGUCCGAGUUAAUGAGCAGAGAGUAAGCAAUCUGAUGCAGUCUCUUCUUGUUGCUGCAUCAGUAUUUGCCAUGCCAGCAAUAAAAAAGAUACCUACAUCAGUUCUUUGGGGAUAUUUUGCCUAUAUGGCCAUCGAUAGUCUUCCCGGUAACCAAUUCUGGGAAAGGAUGCUGCUUCUUUUUAUUACUCCUGGUCGGCGUUACAAGGUGUUGGAAGGUGUUCAUGCUUCGUUUGUGGAGUUGGUGCCAGUCAAAUCCAUAGCAAUAUUUACACUCUUCCAGCUUGUAUAUUUCCUGGUGUGUUUCGGUGUGACAUGGAUACCAAUAGCUGGAAUCUUGUUCCCCUUGCCAUUCUUUCUUCUCAUCUGCAUAAGACAGCAUCUCCUGCCUAAGUUCUUUCAUCCACAUCAUUUGCAAGAGUUGGAUGCAGCAGAGUAUGAGGAAAUUGCAGGCAUUACACCAAGACUCUCCCUCAGCCUCUCUUUCAGGGAUAGAGAAAUACCUGGUCUUGGAAACGAAGGAGAUGGAGUUGAAAUGUGUGACGCUGAGAUAUUAGACGAAUUAACAACCAGCAGAGGGGAGUUAAAGCUCAGAAACGUUAGCUUCGGUGAAGACAGACGCGGUCAGGCAAAUAUUUAUCAAGGGGAGAUUGUUCAAAUGGAGCAAGCAGAUUUGCACUGAUAUAUAUAUGAAUGAUUAGAUAAUGAUCGUUUGUAUACAUGCCACCUAUAAUAUGUGAAAAGCCAGUAUGAAAGUAAAGUUAUGAAAGAGAGAGUGGGUUUAACUUUUAGAUUGGUCAGGUUGAAUUAAUGUAUAUAAGGAUAUCAUCCGUACAUGAUCGUGUACACAAGUUAUGAUUCGGGGCAUGAAUAAAAGCAAUUGCUUGGGACUUUAUGAUCA